CCGCUGAGAUCAAAACAACCACGUGCAAGAGACGAUAAGCAGCGAGCGUAUAUUGCACUAUACUAGUAUCGAGUUCUUUAUUGGCUACGGAAGCAAAGUCAAGAUCGAGCCAGGACUCACAUAAACUGACCAAAAAUGCGCGACUGUCGUGGAUAGAUGAUCUUUGAGUAACCACCACUUGAGUACAACAGUAGUGAAAGGUCUUGGAGUAGAAGAGGGAUUUAAAUUCAAUGUAUCCGACCCGAACCAAGACUGAUAGCCCUUACUCUGGGAACAAAAGCGCAUAAAGUGCUUAACCUUUUAUCUUAAGCCUUCCAGGCACGAGGCAUUGCCAGACCCAGUGUCACCGUUAGGCCCAUUCGAUCUCUGAAUACUGAACGAUCAAAUUGCCAAGAGAGCUUUUCUGUCGGCUUUUGUGCUGUGUGCUGCCGCAUGGGUACCAUAGAGUGCAAACAAUUACAGUGUAAGUUCCGAGUCACAGCUAAUUUCUCAGCUCAGCCUUGUGUACACACACGCACCGGGGUUUGUUGACUUUAAUAAACAUUAGAGUUGGCGGUCCUUGCCCGCCCCAAAGCGCUGUGCUGUGCCGGCAUUAGGUAAAGUCUGCGAUAAAAGUGCCGCUUCUCUCGCUUUGACAUGGCGUUCGGCAGAGAGGGCUCGGGGGAGCCGAGCUGGCAGCGACCCGACGCCUCGCAGAGCCCUCACUGGAUGAAGGUACUGGAAGAGAAGUACCAACGGCUGCACGCAAAAAUACUGAACCAGUCGGCCAGAUUCACUUUCCGUCGCCCGUCGCACGUCGCCGCACAGACAAACAUCGCGCGUCGUACUAAAGCAGCAGCACUGCGACAGAGUAAAGAGCGUAGCGGCAACAACAGCAGCAGCAACAACAACAACAACAACAACGACAACAGCACUGUGGAUUACGACGACAAAUCAGGCCCCGGUCCUUCAAGUGCUUCGGUGUGUCAAGACAUCGCUAAUGAGGCGGAAAGCGUAGAGUACCCGCGGCGAGAGAGCCUUGCCAAGACAGAGGGAGUUCGCAGCUCUGUCACCUGUGCCGAUCUACGCGCUAGCGAGUCAGAAACACAGGCUGGUAAACCCUUUUCAAGCACCGAUGGUGGUACUGGUGACAUAAGGCUACUUGUAGAAGACCAGGAGGCCCCGGGGUAUGUUCAUAACACGCCAUACACUUCGGGCAACGUGACACGCGUUCCUUCAAGUCUUGCGCUCACUCGCCUGUCUUCGGCUUACGACCCGAGCAACGCUCAUCGUGGGACCGGCGGUGACAGUCAACAAGCAUCAGAACUUCGACUCGCCCUCGAUUCCCACCUCGCUGAGGAAAACGACAACUAUUUGAACAACGACUACAACCUACAAGAGGACAACGAUAAUGAUGAUGAUGUUUUCUUGUUCAGGAAUACUGGCCCCAUCAUUGAAGGUGAGGACGAAGACGUUUACGAACAUUGUGUAGGUGAAAACGGUAACGAGGAUGGGGAAGAAGACGAGACCUUAAAGUGCCAAACAGCACGAGAAGGCGGCAUGGAGGUGAGCAAGCCACGUCGGCGUCAGCACCGCGCUGUGAAAACGUCCAUGAGUCGCGUCAGUCUCAAGACCACUAAGUCUUGUCCGGCUACGUUCCUCAACAAUCCUGCUCUGGCACAUAUCAGUACAGACCCCAACAGCAAUAGCAACAACAACAACAAUAAUAACAACAAUAAUAACAACAUAAACAGCAAGAAUGGCGGACGUGUUGGGAUUCUCAGUCAUGAUGUCCCCGAGAGUGUGUUGCCUCUCACUUCACGAGGCGUUCACGAGGGUCGUAUGCGAGUUUUCGCUCGGAUGUCUCUCGAGGCACGACACGCCGUGGAUGAAACGUUGAAGGAGAUGAAAAAGGAGGAAGACCGUCAGUCGCAGGCCUACGCACCCAGCAGGAGCCGAGAAGAGACGGAGAUCAUACCGUGGCCUGGGGAUCCCGAUCAGCGCCGGACUGAAACGGACGCAUUCUCCAUCCAGAACAACACGAGUGGUCAUGGGAACGGGAGAUCAGCGGUGGGCGGGGACGAGGACGGCAGGAGUAUCCUGGCUGGAAGUGACGUGUCCUUACCGAGUGAUCACAGCACAGCCUACGCAUUGAGAGAGAACCCCGAAGCCAACAAUCGUCUUCACAACAAUAACAAUAGUAAUAACAGCAAUAACAACAACAGCUUUAUCAACAAUUCAAACAACAAUGGAAGCAGUCCUGGAUACUUUCAAAGGGAUUCAGGUAAGGUUCAAGAUCUAUCUCGAACGGUCAAAACCUCGGCCAGAAAACUACCCCAAAUGCAUCACGCUGGUGUUGCUAUGUCGAACUCUUUUCCUAGCCCGCACGCCCGACUGCCAGACAUUGGUCAAACGAUGCCCAACUUUAGGGAGACCACAUUCGAGAUAACACCUCCUGAUUUUGACAUUCGGUUCCAUCACGUCAUUACCUGUAACCAAGGCAACAGAGAAACGCCACCACCGGAUAUUCGCCAGCAGUCCAUAGAGAAAUGCCAACAAUGGCUUGUUCGGUAUACUCCAAGACGGUGACGCUCUAAUGGCACAGGAAAGGAAUUGGGAAGUAUAAUAAUUGCCGAUAAAGCUUUACUUUUGCCCUUGUUGAAAAUUGUUUAAUCUUAAAAGUCAAACAAAAGUAGUAUUAUUCAAUUAAUCCCCAUUUUGUGUAAAAUUGUUAUCACUCACCUACCAAUCACAUGUUUUACUAGAUAGUCACUACUUUGCCUCCUGUCAUAACGCAUUGUUCUACCAUUCCCAAAUAAUAAUAUUAUAUUCAUGUAUAUAUCGCAGAACCUCAGUUCACGGUACAAAUUACACAACCUUAUUAUACAAAUCACGUUUUUCUAUAUUUUUUCGAAAGGGAGGGAGGGGGAGUGGCGUUACAACAUUUCCCCAACUUAAGAUACGUUUCCUUUCGACCUUAGAAGCCCAAAAACACGAGCGAAAGAUUAAUUUGUCAAAUGAACACUCAGACAAACAUGUUUAUGAUUACUGCAUAUUAUUGACACAGAUAUAUGUAUAUAAACACGUAGACACGCGUACACACAGACACGCUUCCAUGCACACAAAAUGUGGACGUACGCGCUCAUGAGCACUCAAAGUUAUGCUUUCCUUUUCCCACGCUCGUCUUUCAUUUAAAACACAAGACACAGCCAAAUGCUAACUCGCAUACAAGUGCCUUUAAUUAAACAUAAUGUUAUCAAACGGAUUGCAUUAUCAGGUCUAAUGGGGGGGGGGGGGGGGGGUUCAGAAAAAUACCAUGACAAGGCCCUCCUUUCAUUAAGAUGUGUAUAAAAUAUUAUGCUAAGUCACUACUAAACAUAACCAGAUCUUUCAUCAUAACAGCCACACUCUGUUGCAUCUACGGUUAAAGAUUAUAUAUAUAUAUAUAAUUAUUUUUUUAAAUAAAAAAAAAUAAUUUAACGGAAUAUUAUUGAGGACUUUGUAGUAAGCCAAACUUCUUUCUUACAUUUCAUAUCUACUAAUUACUGUGCUAGUUCUAGGGAAAAAGCCUGUUAGGUUUUGAUGAUUCAUUUAAGUACUAAAUAUGAUUCUCCCAUAUUACUGAAUCUGUUGGCAAAAUUUUCAGUGACAUGUACGAGUACAAUAAAUAAACGACUUUAAAAUAAGUUGAGGUUUAAAAAAAAUUGCUGUUUAAAUUCCCGAUGAUAAAAAAAUGCUUAAAUGCUAAUAAUGAGUUCGUGAUCGUGGGUAAUUAAAUUCUGGAAUAUGUUCAACGUCAAAGAAAUCGUUUAUGCAAGUCGGCAUUAAAAACUGACAAGAAGAGGAUAACAGACAGGAAGAAAGGAAGAAAGAAUGAAGAAAUGCUUUUGUCAAAGUAUUAUUUUAUACUGACGUAUACUUUCCAGAAGAGCCAUCCGAAUAUUCAGCAAUUUUAAUUUUUUAGCCUAGUGUUCAAAAUACCUAUCUGACGUCUCUGUCCUUUUUUUCAUUUCUUACUGUUGUUGCUUUUUAAAAAAUUAGGCACCUCGUGUGUUUAAAACGCGUUUCCCAAAGACCAUUCAGCUUUACUUGAAAGGGUAAUUUAAAAUAUAAACGAGACUUGAAAUGCUUUUUUAAAAAUAUUUGCAAUUAUUUUGUGCCUGAGGAUACAAAUAUGUAGAUGCGAAGGAACAAAUAAAUGAACAAAAUUCAAUGAUAUUGGCUAGUUGAUACUCUUUCUGCCACUCGCCCAGAACAUAAUGUUAAUUUAUGUUCGACUUUUUUGUCAUGUGCACAAUAUUUAUCCACACAGGGGUUUAGGGAUUCUCUGAAAGAUGUGUUACUUACCCGUUUCAUAUCACGUUGUUAUCAACAUUACAGGUUAUUGGGGUUGUUUUGGUUGUUUGUUUUAUUUACUGAAUCAGUAUUAUUUAAAACGUAAAAAUUGAAGCCCCCAUUAGCAUUGUCCACUGCACUUAAAGUUUCAAUGUGUUAGAUCCCGACAGUCUACUAACUGCUUUAAUGCCUUUCCUGAAGAUAUUUCUAUCCUCGAGGGUUUGAAGUGGUGUAUACCACACAGCUUCUGAUUAUCAGAAAACCAAUAAUUCUGAAUCUAUAACAGUAUGAACAAAGGCACAGUGCGUAUCAAUUUCAUGGUGCUAGAAACUGGAGGCCAGAUGUCUAAAAGCCAUUGCCUCUCCAAAGUUCAGAUUGGUAUACCAGUGUACCUGAACGGUUGGACGGGUGUACCAUAGACCAGUAUCAUUCCUUUUUCAUGAAACCGAUAAGAGUUUCUCAAAAUAUCGAUAACACUCGUUCUUGGGAGUUAUAAUGGGAACACACUCAACUUUAUGCGUUGACUUAUUGAUUUUACAGGGCAUUUGAAAUUUGAGAGCUUUUUUUAUACCCUCUCAUAUCAAUGUGCUAAGGGGUUGUAUGUUAGAUUUAUCUGUUCUGUACUGAAAUUGUGAUUUAUGUGAGCGCUGUGUUGGAUAGAGAUACAAAGUGAAGAAUGUGUGAAGGAAUAGAUAGAUAGAUAGAUAGAUAGAUAGAUAGAUAGAUAGAUAGAUAGAUAGAUAGAUAGAUAGAUAGAUAGAUAGAUAGAUAGAUGUUUCGUUUUAGUGAGUGUAUACGUAGCCUGUGCAACUCAGGAAUGGGGGUGGGGGAGGGAGAUCAAAACUGACAGACAAACAGACAGAAAGAUAGACAUAUAGACAAACAAUGAAAACACUGUUCUUUCAACAUGGGAUCAUAAAUUAAAUGUAAUGCUUUUUACUAUAUUAUAUGGUUUUGGGAAGUCCAAAGAAACCAUUUUCAACAAAUUAGAGUUACAGAGACCUCAGACAUACUUGCUAAUUGAGCCUAUGACAGACGCACAGGGGGAGGUAUUGCCGGCCACUCCGAACAGGAACCAUUGAAAUCUGAAUGUCUUAGGUUUCAGUCCCAGUCUGGGGGGUAAAACCUAUGUUCUCCAUGCAAGAAUAUUCUUUGUAUUCUACGGACGGGCCAUUGUUAGAUUUUUCUUUGUGUGUUUGUACAUGUGUUUCGUUUGAGUUUGUUUUGUAAAAAAAAGUGGAGGCAUGUACCCGUUCUCCGCAAUGACGCAUCAUGCUUCUCCCAUCCCAUUACCUGAAUUUGAUUUAAAACGACUCUUCCCAAGAUCUUUGUUGUGUAGGCACUGUCCCCAAAAAAUCUUCGGAUAAAAGUGUUGCAACAUCUUGAUUUUUAGAUCAGAUCAAAGAACCCCCCCCCCCCCAACAAAUUCAUCUUUUGUUUCAAUUCCCCACUACAACACAGAUUUCCAGUGGUCUCUGGGUGCUGGAAUGUCAAGUAGAUGGUGAAUGUCAUGUAUUAUUAUAACUCAUUUUUAAAACGUUUAAAUUAGCAUAAUCCGUAGAGUGCCCCCCGGUCCGAUCACGAUGACACGCUGAUAGAUCGUUAAAUAAUGAGUAUACGCAAGACACACUGGAUUCUAUUGAGGCGUCAGUUUCAAUGUCUGAACGUAACACUUAUUGGAAGAUCGAUGGUUGAUUUAUCACAGAUUGUCGCUGGGUCACAGUCCUCUUUGUUUACGAAGCAAAACUGUUCUGAUGACGUGCGUUCUCUGAGCUAUGUGUAUCUACUUUUCGUGUGUAAACUAGAGAGCUUAAUUGUACUUAUUAACGACUUCGUUGCAAGCUUAACCUCAAAGCUAAAUGGGCUGUGUCUAAUGAAACGCUGUCCUCUAGUAGGUACGUAAACCUAAAGACGUCUUUGAUAAUUCGUUGCUUUCAGCUCCAGCGUUUCGAUCUCUGUGGUUAGCCUAGAAGCGAAAGUCUUCGGCUCUCGCUCAUUAUUCUAAAGUGUACGUAGACCUAACGCUAGUCUUUCUCGGAGCUGUCAGGCGUGAUCUAUCAAACACGUUGUCGGAUAAGUUAGGGAAUUCGAAGUCUUGGUUUGUUGUUGUUUAACACCUGAAUGCACGGGACAAAGGCCAGAGGUAAUGUCGACUCUAAACUGGGCCUUGCCAUAAACUGGAUAAUCUUUAUUGGUGCGGUCGAGUAUUCAGGCAGUUCAAACCGUGGCUGGAUAAGAAGAACGGGAAGGCUGUUAACGAACGUACUUACAUGGCGGGGGAUGAAAAAGGAGAAAAUAUCACUGACUCCCAAC